AUGGCCGCAGACGCCGGCGACCAGCCCAACGCCGUCCUCCCGCCAAUGCCGCCGCCGGUUCUGGAGGAGGAGGAGGAACAGGAGCAGGAACGGGAGCAGGAGCAGCCGGUGGCCGCCGCCGCGCUGCCUCAGCCGCUCGAAUCGGCCGGCUUACAGCUGGGGGGCUCCGUUUUGGGGCCUGGUCCAGCGGACGAGGAUGGAGACAAGGAGACCUCCCAAGACAAAAGUCCCUUCAUUUCAGCUCCAGCGGACAAGGAGGAUUUCCAGGACGACUAUGAUCGUCAUAUGAGAUGGAACAUUAUGAACCGUCGUGGACAAAGAUAUCACUGUCAUGAACUUAACAGAAGAGAUCAUGGUCAUGAACUUAACGGAAGAGAUCACAGAUAUUAUGUUGGUCAUGAACUUAACGGAAGAGAUCACAGAGAUUAUCUUGGUCAUGAACUUAACCGAAGAGAUCACAGAGUUUAUUUUGCUCAUGAACUUAACGGUUACAGAUAUAGUAAUCGGUAUUCAUCGUAUCAUGAUAAUCCUCUACGAUUUGGAAAUGAUUAUCUCGAUAGGAGUUAUGGUCCUUGUGGAUAUGAAGACAGACGAAUGUAUCGUCAUCAUACGAAUCAGCAGAGUCUGAUGUAUUCUGAUGAUUAUAAAGAUCCUCCCUGCUGUUCUGUCAUUCAACCUUGUGAGAAAAACUACCCUGUGGGUUCUUCUCUUUAUAAUCCCGAGAAGUGGAUAUGUUUCCUCAAUUGCAUAUUACAGUGUGUGGUUCACACUGUACCCCUUGUGUCCAAGCUUCUGAGUGAUCAUCACCAAGGUCCAUGCCCUAGUGGUUCGGAUGAAUUCUGCUGUUACUGCUCCCUACGAUUUCAUGCUGCUGAAGUUAUUGUGCACUCUGGAGAUGUUCUCUACCCCAGGAAAUUCGUCAAACUUCUGAAUUUAAUAUUUCCAGAUUCUGUAUCGGGACGACAUGAAGAUGCACACGAAUUCCUCCGCUGCUUACUUGAUAAAUUAGAUGAGGUCUCUUCUAUUGUCAAAGAAAUAUUUGGAGGCCAGCUGAAAAGCCAGUUGUAUUGUCCAGAGUGCAAUCAUUGCUCAGACAGAUUGGAGCCUUUCCUUGACCUCAACUUGGAGGUUAACCAGAUGGAAUCUGUAAUAGAUGCGCUAAAGUCUUUCACAAAGAUUGAGGUGGUUGAAAAUUUCAUUUGUGAUGGAUGCAAAUCUCGUGUGAAUAUGGAAAAGCACUUCAAGGUGGAGCAGGCUCCAGAAGUUCUUGUAAUCCAGCUGAAACGGUUUCAAAAUUUGGAGAGUUGUACAUCUAAGAUUGAAGACAUGGUGAAUUAUCAGUUAGAGCUGGAUUUAAAACCCUUCAUGAGCUCUCCGGAUGAUAAACCUCAAAACUAUGAUUUGUAUGGAGUUGUAGAACACUUGGGUACUCCAUCAAAAGGUCACUAUGUUUGUUUUAUCCGUUCGUCACAAAAAGAUUGGUUUUUCUUCAAUGACGAUAAGGUUGUAAAAUGGAGUGAGGAUGGAGUUUUGGACAAUAAAGCAUACCUUUUGUUCUAUGUCAAGCAAGGUUCAUGCCGGUGGUUCUCUACCUUACUAAAGAAAAAGGACAUAUUGCCGUUGGAUCAUUUAAAAGAAGUGGAAGAACGGUUCAACAAGGAAAUUGAUUCAAGUGACAGUGAUGGGAGCAAUCACGGUGGUAGUGAUAGUUAUGAACAAGAUACCACGCGGCAUUGCUUUGGUUCACCAGCAGAGAAAAAUGAAGCUGGUCCUAGUUCGGCAGGCUUAACACAACAAGAAAAUGAUAAUGGUAGUAUCUUGUGGAAUGCACCUGACCAAAAUGAAGUAAGUUGCAGCCUGGGUGGAUCGCCAUCUGAAGAGACAGAUAACCCCCACCCCCCUUCCCGAUCACGUGCGAUAAAUGGAUAUGUUGGUGGGUUGGCGUUGCUAUUGGAGAACAAAGAAAACGUCAGCCCACAGGGAUCACAUGACAUCAAGGAAUUGAGCCAUAGCAUACAUGGAUCAUCAUCACAGGCUAAUGAUGCAGGCUCCCACGGAGGGUCGCCACAAGAGAUUGAGAGCAGCUGCAGCUUACUCCAAUCAUCAUCACAGAAACAAGAAUACGACUGUCCUCCUGAAAGCUCGUCUUUCCGUAAAGACGAUGAGAUGAGCAGCUGUUGUGAUUCUCCUGCUGGACCGCUGUGCGCAUGUAGGAGGAUGGGCAUCUCAAGAUGGUGGGUACGCAAGCAGAGCAAGGAAGCGGAUGAAGCUCAGGUCCGCAGGUGCAAGGAACGUGAAGCAGAAGAAGAAGGAUGUGAGCUUAAGGAAGCUACUGGUGAGGAAGAGUGCAACGUGGGCGUCAAGAGGGAGGUAUAGGAGAAGGCGAAGGUAGCAGGAGACAGCAGCACAAAGGAGUACUGAGUAGCUAUUACCUAUUAACACCGCAGCAAGGAAUUUUUGUGCCGAGUAGAGCAGUGGCACUGUACUCUUGGGGCGCUUUUAUCAGAUGUCUGAGCCUUGCGAAACUGUACUUGUCCAAUGCUGGAAGUGUUUGUCUUGUUGCAGGCAAUUUGCCUCCAAGCGACGCUGCACCGUGGGAUGAAUUCACAAUGAGAGGAAAUCUGCAGCCACCGUAGUUGGUCCAUUAUUGAAUCUCGGGGUCUCUGGACCUGCUUUACUCUCUUUACCUCUAUUAGUAGUAAUUGUGUAUGUACAAUGGAUGGGUCAAUUAGUACAUGAAAAAUUAUUAGUCAGAAAAAAAAAUACUCAAAUAACCGUAAUUUUGAAUUGUAUAAAGUAAAUUGUAACCAAUGCCAUGUCCUCAU